CAUCUGGAACGACUUCGGCGUCCGCAUCAGCAAUACCCACAACACAACAACAAAACUACCUGCACGCUCCUCGAUAUUCUCAACAACAACAAACUCAGACGCAAAUGACUCAACAACAAACACCUACUCAAUCCGCACCGCAAUCACAACAAUCACAAGUCCAACAACCCGUAGUCGUUAACAGGCAGCCGCAAAGAAGAUAUGCCCAAAUGUCGUCCAGUCCGUCGCUGUCUACAAUAAAUGAUACUGCUGGAGGACAGCAAUCGGCAUAUACAAAUUCGCAAGCAUCUCAACGCGUGUCGGCUUACCACCAUCAUGAGAAUCUUAUAGGGCUUGGAUACCAGCAACAAUCAGGUGCUCCCCAACCAGGAAGCGGCGCUUCUGGCCGACAAGCAAUAUAUCAACCUCCACCAGCAAAAUCUCCACGGAUGACAAAAACAGUCGUUCAAAAGGCAAUACAGCCGCCAGCACAGCCGCCCCCGCAAACACAACAACCACAGCAUCAGCACAUGGCACAUCCUCAAGCCCAUCCCCAACAAUCUAUUUCUCAUCCACAAGCACCCGUGCAACAGUUACAGAAAGCGCAACAGCGACCUGUGUUACCAGGUGGUGGCAUACCUUCACAGCAGACAUCCACGGCGUCUGUCCCUAUAACAAAGCCUAGUCCAUCUCCGAGCGCGUCAAGUAGCAUAGGUAAGAAUGUAGCCGGACCGAGUAAAGAGGGACCGUCAUCGGUGGCGCCAGUGAAAGGAAAUGACGCCCAAAGAACAAAGCGACCUAUGAAUGCGUUCCUGAUUUUCUCUGGCGAGAGACGACCGCAGUUGCAAAAGGCAGAUCCUAGAUUGACUACUGCAGAUCUAAGCAAGAAGCUUGGUGAUGAGUGGAAGCGGAUGGAAGAGGAAAAAAAGAAUCGCUAUGUUGAGAAAGCUAAACGACUAAAGGAGGAAUUUACAAAUAACAAUCCUGGAUAUAAAUACUCUCGUCGUUCAAACUCUACUCACAAGCACAAACGUACUGGGAAGAGUGCCAGUUCUAGUAGUGUGUCAAGUGCAUCGGUUAGUUCUGGGAGAUCUGCUUCGUACACACAUUCACCUGGUGGAAAAGGACGUGGGGCUCCCGUUGGAAAAUCAAAGAGAGAUCGUAAAUUGAAGCGACCAAUGAAUGCAUUCUUACUAUACAACAAAGAGAUGCGACCAAAAGUUUUGCAGAAAAAUCCUAAUAUGACCGUAGCAGAGAUCUCGAAAACUAUUGGGGACAGUUGGCGUUCUAUGCCGGAGGAUCAACGCGAAAACUAUCUUCAACUAGCCCGUCAGAUAAAAGAUGAAUUCCACUCUAAUAAUCCCGACUUUGUGUAUACGCGCCGCUCUAAAGCAGAACUAGCAGCCGCGGGUCUUAGUACGACCAAGAAGCGCAACUACAAUGAUGAGUCAAGCGAUUCGGAAGAGACUCAUCAUCCCCGGCGUAAGCGCCAUGAUGACGGUACACAUCACAAGGAUCCUCGUGGUCGCAAGAAGAAGCGCGCACGACAUCCUACUGCGCCAAAACAUCCAAUGUCCGGAUUCUUAUUCUACGCCAGCGAUGUCAGACCGGAGAUUACUCAGGAAAAUCCGGGAAAGACUGUUGGGUUUAUUAGUCAGAUUAUUGCUAAGAAGUGGAGAGCGUUGACUGCUGAACAGAAAUCUCCUUGGGAACAGAAAGCAUCAGCAGACAAGGCGAGAUAUGCUAAAGAAAUGGAAGUUUAUUUGCAGAGUCAGAAGGGCGAAGAGUGA